CGUACCUAGGUACAUAGUAUGUACAUACACUGUCCAUGAUAACAUCAUACUUAGGCGGACCCACGGUAACUGCAACCCAUGUCCAUGAAACCUGUCAUAGUAUACUCCGUACAAAGAGCUUUAAUAAUGCAAGCAAGACUCCCAUCUCAAUGACCCAUGCGGUUUGUCUCUCUCCCCCUUUCUUUCUUCUCUUAUGCAGGGAGGAGCAAGAAACAACCCAACCGUGUGGUAUGCAACGAUCCUCAAGGAAGCAAGGAAGCAAUAAUACCCACACACGCAGACGCUAAGCGGGCAGAAUUCGUUCAAUUAAUCAAAUGAAAUUAUAAACCUGGCUUCGCUGCACGAAAUCUGCAAGGACCUGAGUGAUGCACAUGCAGAGGGACUCCAAACUGCUAGUGGUCGUGAGCUCUCUCUUUUCCUUUUCCUUUUUCUUUUUCUUUUUCUUUUUUUCCUUUUCUCCAUUCCGUCCUUGGCCUGUGACUCGUCGAGUUCCAUUCGCGUCCAUGGGCCUUCGUCAUAGCCGUGUGUCUCCGCUGGGGUUGUUGACCUUGCUCAGUGGGCAUUCAUUCGCAGAUCGGUUUCCGUUCGCAGCCACACCGGUUGUCCGGGUCGUCCUCUGAGAGGCUUGAAAGAAGCUCAGAAGACAGUGACUCGAGUCUGCUUUACACAAUCGUGCCAAUGCCGGAAAUUAGUGGUAAAGGACUAAAUUCAAAAUCAAAAAUAAUAAAAAAAAUUCGAUAAAAAAGCCAACAAACCGAAAAAAAGAUAGCCUGAUUUAAGGAAAGAAAGGGAAAAAAUCCAUCGACCCCACCAAUGCUUCCGAAAC